AUGAGCUCCAUCCGGCGCAUGUCCCCAACGGACCUCCUGUCCCUCAACCUCACCAACCUCGACCCAUUGACUGAAAACUACGACCUCGGAUUCUACCUCAAUUACCUCAUGCGAUGGCCCUCCCUCUUUAGCAGCGUUCAGGAUCGCCAGGAAGGCAUCGUGGGUUACAUCAUGGGCAAGCUCGAAGAACAACCCGCCUCGAUGCGCCAUUCCGAACACUACACGCCCUGGCACGGCCACAUUACCGUUUUAACCGUUGCGCCCGCAUGGCGCCGUCUCGGCCACGCGCGUCGUCUCACCGAACGUCUGGAACAGGGCUCCGAUAUCAACGAUGCCUGGUUUGUCGAUCUCUAUGUGCGAGCGGGGAAUAAAGUUGCCGUGGGGAUGUAUAAGGGCAUGGGAUACUCCGUCUUCCGCCGAGUAGUAAACUACUACAGCGACGAUCCAACAGGCUUCUCGGAUUCAGGUGAAGAUGCCUUUGAUAUGCGCAAACCGUGCAGUCGCGAUAAGAAACUUCAGCAUAUUCGGGAGAAUGGGGAGGAGUUCUUGGUGGAUCCGAUUCAUGUUUCGUAG